UUUACAUGAAGUUUCAACUAAAAUGAAUUUCUUACCCAGGCCUAAGUCCCAGCUUCUGCACUUCGUGUGGCAGGAAGGAGAGAGCCCAGGGACAGGAGUCCCACUUGGAAGAAUAGGUCUUUGAGAGCGCCCUCACCAGAGCUUCAGAACAGAAGAGGAGAACUCAAAAAGGGACAGGUCCUGAUUACCUGCACCAGAAGCAGUUCUUUUAUUUUUCCAACCAACAAGUGGAAACAGACAGAAACAGUUCUUAAUCCCCUGACCCAGAGAGAGCCAGACUUGGUGAUGUCGCCACAUCCACAAACCAUCCCAGACUGUGUGACAGUGAACUCUGUGGACCAACAUGCAAGAGAUGCUUAUCCUUUACAGUUGUCCACACUCUUCCAAGAGCAGCAGAAAAUGAACCUAUCUCAGGCAUCAGUGUCAUUCAAGGAUGUGAAUGUGGAAUUCACCCAGGAUGAAUGGCAACAAAUGGGGCCUGCUCAGAGGAAUCUCUACAGAGAUGUGAUGCUGGAGAACUACAGCAACCUAGUCUCAGUGGGCUAUUGCAUUUUCAAACCGAAAGUGAUCUUCAGAUUGGAGCAAGGAGAAGAGCCUUGGUCCUCAGAAGAGGAAUUCUCAAGCCAGAGGCGUCCAAAAAAUUAUAGAGAUGAUGACCUGACCAAGAAGAACAAGAAAAUCAAACACUUACAACAAGUAAUAUUUGCCAAAAAUAAAAUAUUUACUACAGAGGAAGUAGUACUUUUGAGAAAACCAUUUAAUCUGCAUAUAGCUCCUGUUCCUUCAACAAAAGUAUACUGCAGAUGUGACUCAUGGGGAGUAAGUUUGCAGAGUAUUUCCGAAUUUAUCAUUAAUAAUAGGAAACAUUCUCCAAAGAAACUAGGUUGCCAUAAUUUAUGUGAGAAUUCACCUUUCAAGAUUAAGUUUGAGAAAACUCAGACUGAAGAGAAAUUGUAUAAAUAUAGUAAAAACAUGAAAGUCCUUGGUUAUGAUAAUCUUUCUGAGCUUCAGAAAUUUCAAACUUUGGAGCAGUCUUUUGAGUGUAGUGAAAUUGGAAAAACUUUUAAUGGUGAGACUGACUAUGUUACACAUAAGAAUUCUCACACAGGUGAAAAAUCCUGUAAAGAUGAUGAACUUAGGAAAAACUGUGAUAAAAUAACUCUCUUUGAACACAGGAUAACUGGCAUAGGUGCAAAAUACCCUUAUCUUCACCUAUAUAACUCUGUUGAGAAGUCAGCUGUGGAAGAAUACAACAGAUUUAAAAUUACUAUGAAACAUUAUGAAUGUGAUGCAAAUGGAAAUAAUUUUAACAGUAAAUCACAUCUCAGCCAACCUCAGAAAACUGUCAAAGGAGUAAAUCCAUUGGUAUGUAAUGACACAAAACAAACUGGGGAUAAGUCCUUAGAAUAUCAUGAUAAGAAAUCCUACCAAACAUCAGCCCACAAAGUACGCCAGAGAACUCACUCAGAGGUAAAAGCCUAUAAAUGUAAUGAAUGUGGGAAAUCCUUCUGUCAGAAAGGACAUCUCGUUCAACAUCAGAGAACUCAUACAGGAGAGAAACCAUUUGAAUGUAAUGAAUGUGGAAAAACUUUCUCCCAGAAGUCACACCUCAGUACACACCAGAGAAUCCACACAGCAGAGAAACCCUAUAAAUGUAAUGAAUGUGGGAAAACAUUUGUCCAGAAGUCAACCCUCAGAGGGCAUCAGAGAAUUCACACAGGGGAGAAACCCUAUCAAUGUAGUGAAUGUGGGAAAACUUUUGUUCAGAAGUCAACUCUUAGAGAUCACCACAGAAUUCACACAGGGGAGAAGGCCUUUCGAUGUAAUGAAUGUGGAAAAACCUUUGGCCAAAAGUCAAACCUCAGAAUACAUCAGAGAACUCAUAGUGGGGAGAAAAUGUAUCAAUGUAAUGAAUGUGAAAAAUCUUUUUGGCGAAAAGACCAUCUCAUUCAACAUCAGAAAACGCACACAGGAGAGAAACCAUUUAAAUGUAAUGAAUGUGGGAAAACUUUUGCCCGGACAUCAACCCUCAGAGUUCAUCAGAGAAUUCACACUGGGGAGAAACCAUAUAAAUGUAAUGAAUGUGGGAAAAAAUUUGUCCGAAAGGCAAUCCUCAGUGAUCAUCAGAGAAUUCAUACAGGGGAGAAACCCUUUCAAUGCAGUAAGUGUGGGAAAACUUUUGGCCAGAAAUCCAACCUUAGAAUACAUCAGAGAACUCACAGUGGGUAGAAAUCUUAUGAAUGCAGUGAAAAUGAGAAAUUAUAUAAGAAGUCAGCCCUAGAUGUAUGUCAGAAAAUUCCAGGAGGGGGAAAAGCCUUAUUGAUGUAAUGACAGGAACAUCCUCUGACAAAAAGAAUACCUCAAGUGAUAUCGAGAUACUCAUAAGAACAAGCAUUUGAUUGUAGUUAAUGUAAGAAGAUAGUCCCAGAAAUCAACACUCACAGCAUAUCAGAAUUCACAUAGUGAGAAACCAUAUGAAUAUUAAUAUAGGAAGAAUUUUGUACAAAAAUCAACUCUCAAAGUACAUCAAAGAAUUCACACAGGCUUCUCUUUCUUGCAAGGGAUUAUGUAAAAUCCUUAAUGAAGCCAUGCCUUAUUAAAAAACUCACAUAUCAAUAAUCUGGUAAUUUGUUUAAUAAGGGCAAUUACAUUUUUCCUAUGGACACAUAACUAGCAAAAUCCCAAUUUCCUUUUCAUGUAAGUGAAUCUUUGUGACUGACUACAGGAAUGUGGAUGCCCAUGAUGUAUAUACCUCAUCCAGUUCUCCAAAAUAAAAGACACCAUGCUUUAAGGUAAGGGUAGGAGGGGACCUAGAUUUCACUAGGUUGCAUGGGGUUCUAAGUAAGUAGGGUAGGAAAAUAUAUAUAACCUAUGGAU